GCUUCGUCCCCAGGCGUCAUACGUGUCUUGGAUCGUCAUGACUUGGACUUGCUGAAACAUUCAUGGCUCGAAACAUGGACAAGGUGAGCUAAGCUUUUUGUAAGUGUACCUAACCCCCCAAAUGUCCUCUCUGGUAUUGCGUUCAAUCCGACCACACACUUCAAGGUCAUCUCUCCCUGCAGUCCGCCGUUUGUUUUCGCAGUCCAGCCCCAUCUAGUCCAACAUGGCAGCAAAGAACGUCAAGAAGGCCCUGGCCGAAUACGCGUCUUCACCCAACGGUCAAGGUCCUCAAGAUAAAGACCCCUACGACAACGUCAACGACCCGUAUUCCGACGAGCAUGGCAAACGGCCUGAACCAUGGCGCAACGGCGAAGGCGCACAUCCUAUCGGCCCACGAAAUAUUGCUCGAGAAAUGCAGUCUCCAGACAUGAUUCGACCUCCUUCCACUGACCACGGAACCUUGCCAAACAUGAAGUGGAGCUUUGCAGACUCGCACACCCGAAUCGAGGAAGGCGGCUGGGCUCGUCAGACGACUGUACGCGAGCUACCCACCAGCAUUGAACUGGCCGGAGUCAACAUGCGUCUCGACGAGGGUGCCAUCCGAGAACUGCAUUGGCACAAGGAAGGAGAAUGGGCGUACAUUCUCGAGGGCAAGGUCCGGGUCACAGCGCUCGAUAGAGAAGGCGGCAAUUAUCUCGGCGAGGUUGAGAAAGGUGACCUCUGGUACUUCCCAGCCGGACACCCUCAUUCAUUGCAGGGACUCGGUAAAGGUGGUUCCGAGUUCUUGUUGAUCUUUGACGACGGCAAUUUCAGCGAAGACUCAACAUUUCUCCUGUCCGAUUGGCUAGCACACACGCCCAAGUCAGUAUUGGCCAAGAACUUCCGCGUCGCCCCCGAGAUCUUCGAACACAUCCCAGCCAAGGAGCGGUACAUCUUUCAAGGAUCAAUGCCGGGCAGCAUGGAGGACGAAGAGCCCAAGAAGCCUGCCGUGAAGAAGUCUGAACUUGAGUUCACGCACAAGAUGCUCGCUCAGAAACCUGAACAACUACCCGGCGGCGGCACCGUGCGUAUCGCCGACACAUCGAAUUUCCCCAUCAGCAGCACCGUUGCCGCUGCACACGUCACAAUUCCUCCGGGUGGUCUUCGAGAAAUGCAUUGGCAUCCCAACGCCGAUGAAUGGUCGUAUUUCAUUCGAGGUCGGGCACGAGUGACGGUCUUCGCAUCUUCCAACUCUGCGCGGACGUUCAACUAUAUGGCUGGUGACGUAGGUAUUGUGCCCAAGUCAAUGGGUCAUUUUGUCGAGAACUUGAGUGAUACGGAGGAGGUGGAAAUGCUGGAGAUGUUCAGAGCUCCUAGAUUCGAAGACUUCAGUCUGGAACAAUGGCUGGCAGCCACGCCGGGCAGAAAUGUAGCUGAGCAUAUUCUGAAAUCCGACGAGAGGGCUGGCAAGGCUUUUGUGGAUGCUUUGGAGGCGGAGAAGAAGCCGGUCAAGCCCAGGCUGUAAAAGGUGAACUUCAGAA